UGCUAAUAUUAUGCAAGCUGCCUUCAAAUGGAACUUGUGAAACUCACGAAGAAAGAAAGUGAGAGAAAAGUGUCAGAGCUGUUGAAGUCUCCGGUACUGAAGAAACAAGCUGAAAGAUGAAGACUUUGGUCAUCCUGGUUCUCUGCUCCCUGGCUGUCAUCUGUCUGACCUCAGAUGCUUCCACUGGCUCCCAGCCUGCUGACAACCCUGAUCAGGAGGGUCUGUUUGUGGAGAGGGACCAGGCUGCCACUGUGGUGAGGCAGAAGAGAGCUCCUGGACAGUUGUCCCUGACCCAGCUCGAGAGCCUGAGAGAAGUGUGUGAGCUCCACAUGGGCUGUGAGGACAUGAUGGACACACAGGGAAUCAUCGCCGCCUAUACCGCCUACUACGGACCAAUCCCCUAUUAAAAAGCUGAACCCUGACAAUUUGCUUUGCAGUUAAGCCGGAAAAGCAUGAGUAAACAUUUUCAAAUAGAGUUAAAAAGUUGUUACACAAAUUUUAAAAGUUAGUCUCAACAAUUCCAUAAUUGCAUUUGUAGUAUUUGUAAAAUU